GCUCAGUAUAAAAUUUAGUAAGCGAGCAACACAAUACACAGUUUUAAUAUAGUUUCAUAAAAUUUGUGUUUUUGUUGGUAUCUGAAAUUAAAGGACCAUAAUGGAUACCGCAUUGCGGGAACAAGUUAUGAUAAAUCAGUUUGUGUUAGCAGCUGGUUGCGCAAGAGAUCAAGCGAAGCAACUUCUACAGGCAGCACAUUGGCAAUUCGAGAUAGCGUUAUCAAUAUUUUUUCAAGAAGCAACAGUUCCCACACAUGCACCACCUACUCCAUUCGGACAGCAAGUCAUGACUCCAUGUAAUACACCAGCGACACCACCAAACUUUCCAGAUACUCUAAUGGCUUUUUCUCGAAUGUCUGCAAACACACCGGUUUCUGAUUCAAUACCCAUGUGCAGUACACACGGUCAUUGUGGGCCACAAGCUAGACAAGAAACACCCCCAGCAACACAAUGUUCUCCUACAAACACACCAGCUUCUAGAUAAAUUUAUUUGAUUCAGAAAGUUAUGUGGAUCAGAGUUUUUGUUUGUAUAUUUAGUUCAAGCUGCAGAGGUGUCAAACGGAUCAAAAAUUCAUCUCAUUGGUAUCAGGACAAGUGCUGCUUUACACUAGUUCUUCAGAGUGGUUUCUUCCAAUUAAUAGAAAUACAUAAUUCAUUAUGGUAAUUUAUAAUAUAGCAUGUAACAAA